AGCCCCGCAAAUGCCACUCUGUGAGGGAAGAGGGCCGGGGGGUCCCGCUUUCCCGCGGGAAAGCAUCCACCAAGUCAAACAAACAAGCGGGAGAACCCAGAUGACACACCGCUGGUGAAUUUUGUUCUGGUACUAACUUUUAUGCUGUGUUAAAAAUAAGGCAAAACGUUGCUAAUAAAACCUCUGCAGAAAAUUCCCAGCAGUUGGAGAGGGCAAUGCCGCUCCCCGGGGAAAACAGGCUGGCCAACCGCUGCAGUGGGGAGCAUGCCACCCUGAAACAGCCUUCCGCUGUUACUGCCGUGGCUGCCCCUCCAGUUGGUUGGGCCUCUGCUUUUCAGACCGUUUAAUUUUGAAGAAAACUUUUUUUUUUUCUCCCUAUUGAACUAACGGUUCUGGGGAAGACGGGCAGGAUUUGAAAGCAAGGCCCCACUGCUCUCACAGCCGGCGUGAAAUCGCCCCGCCACGCUGUGUGCGGCACCCGGUGGGCUCGGGGUCUCUGUGUGGGGAGCGCAGCGGGCUGGCCACCUUCAUCUUCCCUCUCUGCCGCCUUAUCUCACGCCUUCUUAUUUAUUUGCUUACCUAAUGGAUUUGGCUUCAGCUCCCGUUCGCUGCAAUGCAAACAAACAGUGCGGAUUAAGCUCCCGUGUCGCAGUCCCACGCGCGCAGCCGGAGCGGGAAGGUCAGGGCGCGCGGGUCCGGCCCCAGCUGAGGCACGGAGCAGCUCUCACUCGCUCGGGCAGCCGAGGGGCUACGAGUGUCUGGGCCCCCGCGGCUCCCAGCGCUCUCCUCCUCCAACCCUCGUGCCGCCGCUCAGGUGAGAGGCUGCGCCCGGGCGGGUGGCUCUGCCCCUGGAGCAGUGGGACUCGCCGGGCCCUGGCAGAGCUGCUGCACGGCUGCUCCUCUCUGCUGGAAACAUGGGCACUGCAGGGCAGCUCGCAGCCCCCGAGGCAGGGCUGAUUACCCUGGUGUUAUCUGAGCAUUGCAGGUUGCAGGCAUGAUCCGAAGCGUGUAAUUGCGUUUGUUUUUCUCCUUUGGCUCCCGCUGAGCCUGGCUCUCUGCAGCCGGAGGGGACCGAUGGCCAGCGUGCAGAGCCAGGCAUAGGGCCCGGGGCUGAGCACAGGCUGCAUCUCAGCACACGCUUCAGCCCCUUCCACCUUUCCCUGCCCUCCCAGCAAGAGCCCUGGGGCCUGGCUGGAUCCUGCUGACGCUGCUGGAGGGAGCCGGCCCCCGUGCAGGCUGUGCCAGCAGGCAGCACUCUGCUCUCCUGCUGUGCGUGCCCUGACAUGCUGCUUGGCGUGCCCCAGGUGAGGAUGGGGGGCCCCGUGCCUUCCCCAGCCCCUGCAGCCCCUGACCAUGCCAAGGGGGCCCAGGGCAGCCCGGGUGGCUCGGGAGGGGUCUGCGGGGUGCCCAGGGUGCUCUGUGUGCCAGCUGCCUCCCAGCAAGUGCCCCUGCCGGGGCCGGUGAGCGAUGAGCUGCUGGCUGGUGCUGGCUUCCCGCACGGCUCCGGGGUCGAUGAAGGGCAGGCGUGCAGGGCGGAAGUCGGCUGCCGCGUCCGCCUAGGCCUGCACCUCUUCACACAACACCGUCAGGGCCGAGAGGGGCCCCGCUCCCCAGGGAAGGGACGGGACGCAGGCCAGUGCCGUGCUUUCCCACACCGCCCGGGAACGGCUCGCUGCUUCCCCGCCGCUGGGGCACGGCAGUGCUGAGGCUCACCACCUCCAGGCAGAAGCCCCUGGGGCACCUUCCCACCUGCCCCUGGUGCCGCAUUUUGGGGUGCUUUAGGGCUCACGCAAUACAUUACGGUCUGGGGUAAGUACGGGGACCUGCCUGGGCUGGCUGACCUCUGGCUCCCCAUUCCCUGGGUGGAAGACCACGUGCCGUGAGGGCAAAGCUGCCUUGGGGUACCUCCACCCUGUCUCUGUCCACCUCUGGGAGCCCUCUGAUGCCCCUGCCCUACAGCUCAGGAAAACGCCUUCUUCCACCCCACCUUUCCUGGCUGGGCUCCCAGCAGCUUCUUUGUGUCUCCCCUCUCCUUCCUCUCCUCUUCUGCAGGGCCUUUAUGUGGGGAUUAUUAACCAUGGCUACGGGGCCUUUGUUUAGGAGGGGCCAGGAGCGGGAGCCAGACGAGGAGCUGGGCAGGCAGAGGAAGGAAGGACGUGAGCGGAAGGGGGGAAGGAAGGUGACAUCUGGAUUUCUGCGCUAGAGGAGCACGAUCUCCUGGGGCAGCUGUGUGGAGAUGGCCGGGGGCUUGGCGGGCGCGGAGCAGUGACAAAGCCCCAAAAGAGGAGCCAAGCUGGUGAGGGUCACCCAGCCCCACACCAUCCAAAUCGCAGCCCCCAGCAUCCACCCCGGUGAUGGUACUGCUGUCAGAGGACAGACCCAGGAGCCCCAGGGCUCCAGCUCCCUUGCAAGGGCUGGCCUGUGGCGUGCAAGCGGCAGGGGCUUGGCCGUGCUCCGCAGGGAGCAGCGCAGGGGUGGCGAGGAAGGCUGCGGAGCCGUGCAGCUCUCCCCUUGCGCCCUGCCCCGGGGCUCUGACCCUCACUGUAAGCGGGGUGGAUGGACGAGGACAGCUGGGAGGAGCGAGCACUCCUGGGGAAACCUUAGCCGAUGGGGAACUCCUGGGGAAACCUUAGCCACCGCCAAGGCGCAGGGGGAAGGAGCCCUCCGCCUACGGCUGGCCUGUCACUCGACAUCCCGGGGGUACAGGCUCCCCACGGCCCAGAGCAGGUGCAGCCCUGGGACAGCGUGCAAGCAGCCACGUACUGCCCUCUCACUCGCACGUGCGCGGCCGGGCUGGGCUGGUCAUGCGCGUGCCCCGGCUCCUCUCCCAGCCCCAGUACGCUGCCGCCCUGGUGUGAGGGGCAGGCAGGCUAUGGGGCUGGGUGGGAUGGGGGCUGACGAGGCAGCGGGGAGAAGCCUGGGGACAGCUAUUUAUAAACCAGCCUUUUCCUUCGGAAGACUUCCGAGUUCAUCUCCCCCCAGCGCUGGCAGGAAAAAGGCCCCAUUGUCUCAGCGCCAGAUGGGAUCUGGCCAGGCACUCGCCGCACAAUGGGGCAGAUUAUGCGCCCGGCCGGCGGGGGUCCGGCAGCAGGACGCCCUGGAGGAGCAGCUGCUGCCAGCGCCCGCGCAGCAACACCACGGCACGGGAGCGAGGCAGGCGGGGGUCCCGGCCACGCUCAUUUGUCACCUCUGCUAACGCCACAGCUCUCUUGCCACGGCUGCCCGGAGGAACGAGGAGGAGGAGCACCCCUGCCCUGCGCUCCUUGUCACCCAGCUGUCCCAGCUCGCUGCCGUGCCACUGAGCGGCACGCUCCCCUCUGCCAAGGAAGGGAGGAGAAGCCAGGAUGGGGGCCCAGCAUCACCCCCUGUGAUCACCCACUGCCUGUGGCCCCAGGCAGCGCAGUCUUCAUCCCAGCUUUGUCUGCAGGACUGGGGGCUCCCCGAGGACAGCUCGUUAGGAGUGACUGAAAGAAAGUGUAAUGAGAGAUUAGCCCCAGGCAGGUGGCAAGGCCAGCCCCAGCUUUGGGGGAGCCCCUCUUGCACCCAUGGGCUGUGGAAGAUCCCUUUGGAGGGCUUUGGGGAAGGCUCCCUGCUGCUGUGAGGGCACACGGAGCAGAGGAGAGGGCGGACAAGGGCAGCCUGGGAGAAGGCAGUGAGCAGUGCACAGUCCCCAGGCCACCUCCCCGCACCACUGGCCCUGUACCCGGCUCGGUCCCACAGCAUCGGGGACACACCGGAGCACCAGGGCCCAGGGGAAUUGUGGGGCUGGCCAGGCCAAGCAGGGAUUUCUCCUUGCAGGACUUUCCCAUGGAAGAGGACUUGCUUUUCCCAGGGCCAUCUGGCCAAGCUCCAGGAGGAGAGAGAUAUCCCAGCUCCCUUUGCGGGGAGCCACGCAGCCCUCCAGAAGCACUGCGGGCAGCCCUCGUGCUUCCACUCUUCCAGCAGUCUGCUGGGCGAGCAAAGGCAGGGAUGGUGCCUGCUGCCGGGGACAUCUGGGGAGACGGGUGCCCUCCAGCUCCCGAGCCUUCCCGCGGGCUCUCCCCAGCAGCCCCAGCUGUGCGGCACACAGGACGGAUGCUGACUAUCGUUCCCUGCCAGCAAGGAUGUGUGAGGUGGGGGAUGCCGUCACCUGUGCCUCCAAGGCUAGGCGAAGGCCAGAGGAAGAGCGAGCCACGCCAUCCUGGAGCUGAGCCCGAGUGGGGACGGGGGACUUUCCUGGAGCGGAUGCACCGGAACAAGCUAUUGUUCCAGCCUGGCCUGCGAGCACAGGGCUGCAGGCGCCCGCCGCCGCUCUGAGGGCAUCUGCCUGGCCCUUGGUGGGGGGACCUGAGCAGGUCUGGAUGCUGUGGAGCCGGACACCCUACAGCAGGGGAGAGCAGGCACAGGCUCCCCUCUGCCCCUCAGAGCACGGAGCCACGAUGGAGAAGCCCUGCUACGGAGCUGUGACCCCUAAACCCUGCAGCCCCCGACCCUCUCCAGCCCCACAGUGGGGACCCCGCCAGGGCACAGCGACUCAGGCGCGGCAGGGCCCUGGGAGGGGGGAAGGGGAGGCAGGUGCACGGCUGGAGGAAGGGAAUGAGCGGAACACGCCCAGGCCUUGGCUCGGCUCUUUUUUUUUCCUUCUCCUGUUUGGUAAAGCAAUGAGAACUCCAAACAUGACCAUAAAUGCUGAAAGCAUCCUGACUCCGUCACGUGGGCGCAGGCACCCACACCGCCGGCGGGAUCCAGGCACCCGCUGCGAGGGAGCUCACAGCCAAAACCGGCCAGGCAGGGAGGGGAUGGGGCUGGCGGAGAGCCGGCCAGCAGGACAGACCUCAGACAGGGGCAGACCGACCGACAGACAGGGAUCUGCAGUCCCGGCAGCCCAGCCAGCGCUGCGGCUCAAGAAGAGCUGGAUGGCACCAAGCAGCAUCGGCCCACGCAGAGCGUGCCAGGAGCGCCCCCGGCUCCCGCCCCAGCUCGGGGUGCUACCGGGGGAGCAGAUGUAGGGAAGGGGACCCCAGCAUCCUGCUCCCUCGGGGCUCUUCCCACGCUACUCAGGGGUGCAGCGCUUCCCUCCAUGGCCCCGCGCUGGCCGGUGCCUCAGGGGGCUGCAGACGUCUUUCCCGCGGGUCAUCCGCUCCGCUUGCUCUCCCCUUCCUUAAAAAGCCUUGGGCUCCGGGGCUGGAGUUUCCCGAGCUUGUCAUCGCUACCAGCGUGGCGGGGCUCGACCGUUUCCCGGAGCGCGGCGGUGCAGCGAAGGCGGGAGACGCCGGCAGCCCCGCACCCUGCGCGGGAGCCGGCAGGGAGGGCAGGAGCUGCUCUGGGGCCGUAACCUUGGGCCAGGCCGUGGAGUUAUUCUGGGACCUCCUGCAGGAAACCGCUUGGUAGGGUGGGAGCAGCACCGCCCCGGGCUGACCCCGCCAGCGAGCGCAAACCUUCCCCGUUGCAGGGCUGAGGCUGCCGCAAACUCAUCGUACGUGCGGUCCCCGGGACCCUGUGGGUGGUGGGUGCCCCCCCGCGCUGCUCGGAACCGGGGUGAGGGGGCCGCCCUCACGCCCCGGCCGCCGCCGCCGCCCCGCUGGGGUCGUGCCCGGGCUGCCCCGAGCCCCGCCAGGGCUUGAGCGAGCUCCGCGGGCCCUUUAAACGCGCGCCUGUGGGCGGGGCCCGUCCCCACGGCGACAGCCAACCGGCGGCGCCCCUCCCGGGAGAGGCCGCGCCUCCGGUGGCCACGCCCCCGCCGCGUCCUCCGAACCGCCCAAUGGGCGGUUGGGAGAGACGCAGCCCUCGCCGCCGAUUGGCCCGGCGUCGCGCGGCAGCUGCAGCGAAGAUGGCGGCGCCCAGCGCCGGGGGGCCCCGAGCGGGCCGGGGCUGAUGGCGCCGUAGGGGCCCCGGCAGGGCGCCUGGCCGCCUCCCGGGCCCGCCCGGCCGCCAUGGACCUGCUGUUCGUGCUGCUCCGCGGCCUGCGGAUGGCCCUGGACCUGCUGGUCCUGGUGCUGGACGUGAACUUCUUCUUGGUGUCCUCGCUGGUGUCGGCGCUGCUCUGGCUGCUCACCGCGGCCUGCAGCCUCCCCGCGGCCGCCGCCGCCGGGGCGCUGGCCUGCUGGGACGCGCUGCUCCUCUCGCUGGCCUCCCUGGCCCGGGCGGCCAGCUGCCUGGCGCUGGGCGCCCUGCAGGGGCUGGCCGGCCUGCUGCGCAGCUGCUGCUGCGGCCUGGAGGGGCUCAAGGUGGCGGGGCACCUCCUCUCGCACCUGGCGCUGCGGGGCAAGGAGCUGCUGCACCGCGGGCUCUGCGGCCUGCUGGGCUGCGGCCAGGCCCUGGCCAGGCAGGUCUGCGAGGGCCUGGCCAUCGGCACCAGUCUGCUGGCCUACCUCAUCAACAGCCUCGUCAACGUGUGCCUCAUCGGCACGCAGAACCUCUUCACCCUGGUCGUGGCCCUGUGGGACUCCGUCGCCAGCCCCUUCCUCAGAGUCACGGACCUGCUGGCUGCUUUCCUCGCGCACGUCUCCAGCGGUGCCAUCGCUCUGUCCAUCCUGCUGUGGUCACCCUGCCAGCUGGCCCUUGAGCUCCUGGCCUCCGUCGCCGAGCUCUUCAUCAACAUCUUCUUCGUGAAUAUUUACGGCCUGGGCUUGCUCCUCCUCAUUAUUGUUGUCAGCACCUUUGUCUUCAACCCCGGGCUGCUGUGGACGCUGACAGGCUACGUGCUGGGCUACUUCAACACGCUGCCUUCCUACCACCGCCUGCAGCGGGAUGUGUGGCGGCUCUAUCAGGUGGCAGUCCUGACGCUGGGUAUGGCCAUGACCUCCCAGGCCUGGCGCAGGUUGGUGGACUGGAGUCUGCAGGUGACCAACUGGAGCCGAGGAGGCAGAACGAUGAACCGGGAAAGCAACCAGCGAGGGGCAGCUGUGCCCGCCCCGAGACCCGCGGCCCCUGGCAGGCUGACACUGGCAGGGAUUGGCCAGCUGCCGGCCGAGCACGAGGACCAGCUGGAGGUGGAGCAGGUACCACAAGCGCGUCCUGCUCUAAGUCGAAGUGCAGGACAGCGUCUCCAGCCGCCGAGGGAGGAACCAAGCACCUCCUGGGGGAAAGCUCCGAGGAGGCAGCAGCUGAACGCAGCAGCUGGGGAUGGUGAGGCCACUUCAGAUAAUGACCCCUGGAUGCUCCUGAAAGAACAAGAAGAACGUAAGAAAUGCGUCAUCUGUCAAGACCAAACCAAGACAGUACUGCUUCUGCCCUGCAGGCACCUGUGCCUGUGUCGGGAGUGCACGGAAGUCCUCCUGCAGCAGUCCAUUUACCAGCGCAACUGCCCACUGUGCCGCCAGAUGAUCCUCCAGACGCUCAAUGUGUACUUGUGAGCCCAAGGGGCGGGCGGCUUGGGUCAUUUUCCCAGGAGGUCAAGGGCACCCCUGUCUGCCUCUUGCCGGGAAGCAGAACUUCCCAGGGCUGCCUUGAGCAGCUUCCAAAGAACUAAGGAUGGUGCUGAAAGGGCAAAAGGCUGUUGAGGGGUGUCUGCUAGCCACAUUUGCUACGUAACUAGAUUGUAGCUCUUGCUAGCAAACACGAUAACUGAUUUCUGCAGCGGGCUGAGAGAGUUACCUUUUUUUUUGUUGACAAGUUUCACUGUUUCGGGGCCUGUUGCCUCGAGCCUGCAACAGUCUGAGAUCCAAAGAUGCUCUGGUCCUUCCUAGCCAAAGCUGAUGGAAAGGUUAAAGGCUGUGCCCUCCUGGGAAUCACAGGGGCUGAUGCAAAGCAAGGGAGGGUUUUUCCCAAGGUCUGACCAGAAAACUACCUGGCAGGCUGCAUUCAGGCCUCUCUUGUUCUUCCUCCCACCAUCUAAGUCGGGGAGCUUCCUGGGAAGGGAGAAGCGUGCCCCUUUUGCAAGGCCCUAGGAGAGCAACGAACACACUCAUGCUUUUUAGGCUUUGCUGCCAGCGGGCUGAGCCUGGUUCUCAGCUGGAGAAGAGCAGGGUUUCUGGGGUACUUCAGUAUCCCAACCACUGCGGCUGUGGUUUUUGAGCUUCCUAUUCCAAUGAGGAGCCGUGAUGAACGUGGGCUCUCUGCAGGCCAGACGACUGCGGAGCUCAGCGUUGCUGCCGCUUCCACGCAUCAUCUAUGCAAGACUAGCAAGCACACAUCAGGUUACUCGCCUGGGAAGGCGGGAGGGAGUUACUCUUUCUGCAGGGGCGGUGGUGCUGCUUGGGGAACCUGAGGAGCGUCUGGCUGGCCAGUGCUCGCAGCCCUGGCAGCAGCAGCACGCGCCUGAGCCAAUGCUGGAGAAUCCUCUCUAGAUAAUACACAUUUUCUUCAGGCUCAGAGUGCCAUGGAACUGGGUGGUUCAUACCAGUGCUUGCUUGUUCCUUCCCAGGCUGGGCUGGCUGGAGGGAGUAACUCUUUGGGAGGAGAGGGGACACCCCAAAGCUUCUGGGAGCCCACCGAGACAUUCCAGCUCCAGGCACAAGUUCUGCAUAUCUGUGCUGCAGAUCUGCGCUGCAGAUCUGCAGUUGCGUGCAUGGAGCAGUACCAGGACCAUGGCUAUCUUUGAUUAGGGCAGGGUUAGACUGCUGUUCUGUCUUACUGUCUGUCAGAAAUGUAGCUAGUUUUAUUUACAAGUGUCCCCUGAAGUCUAAUGAGGGCAUCCGAUCCUGGCUGGGGAGGCCCGAGAUGGCUCGUCCCGGCUUGGUCAACCAUUGCUGGGGCUGCAAGAGGGCCUUGCACUAAAAAGCUUUUCCUUUUCCAGCUGCUUGCCUGAGGUCAGCUACACGCCACAGCCAAUUUUGGCUGGAGCCAGACUGGAAAGAGUCUUGACUCCUAGACUGCAAGCCAAGAGCCUGAGGGCGGCUGGCAUGGUCUUCCUUCUCUAUUUUCCUUCUUGAUUAGCGAUUUAAGCCAAAACAGAAGCAGCGGAGAGGCAAGGCCAUGCUGGGAGACGCCUCUGUGCUGUAAGCCCGAGCAGUGCUAAGAUACUGUCUUGUCAGAGAGCGGCUUUGCUCUUGGAGGUGCUGCAGGGGCUGGUUGCCCCUGCAUUUACUGGGGGCCGGAGGGACUCCCUGGGACAAGCUGGGCUCCUGAGCACUAACGGGUGUCAGAAGGGCCUGACCCCCGGGCUGUCAGCUGCUUCCACCCCACUUCGCAGAGAUGCGGAGCUCACUGCCCGAGCCCUGUUGCUCAGCCUCUUGUCCCUGUGCCUCCCCAGACCCACACCACCCACGUUUAUGUUUGCUCUCUCCAGCCACCUCUCUUGUGGCUGCAGCCAGUGACACUUGCAGUCGAGUAGCCAAGCCCUUGCCAGAGCAGCACGUGCGGCCCCACAGACUGCAUUCCCCAGAGUCCUGUUUGUCCCAGGCACUUGCAGAGGUCUCGCCAAGGAGACAGGGACCUGCUCCUUUCCCUGGGCGUGCCUCUGGAGACACCCAGGACUGGGAGUGUGGCCACGCUUCUGGCUGCAAAUGGUGGUGUUUGGUCAGGUCCAGCACAUGGAUCUUGGGAUGCAAUGUUUCCUACAUGAAUUGGGGGGGGACACGACACCUCCCCAGGACUGCAGUUUCUCCCCUCAAACCUUUCUUCUAUUAUACCAGUCACGCUUAUUGUUUUAGGGCCUGUUUGUUUGCUGCCUGUUUAUAAAAAAAGAGAAAGCUUUGCCUUAAGUUUAACUCUUUGCACUAUGGACUAGAUACUGAGCAGAUUAAAUUUCUUUUACCAAAAA